AUCGUGACGUCAUCAAACGCGUCUCUGUAUUUUUGUACAACUAUGCAAAGCAAAAAGAGACAAGGAUAGGAAGCGGUAGGCUACAGUAUUUUCUUGAUCAACGAACUCAGGUAAUGCGGAACGUCAGUACGUACACCUUUUAACAGUUCAUCUAACUCUCCGUUAAUGGCAGUCCGACACCAAGCAUACAAUCUCCCAGUAGCCUCGGCUGAAGACCGGAAGGCUCCGUAGGCCCCUCCUCCGAGGCUGCAGCGAGGCGAACCCCGCCCCCCUCCGGAUCGGUCGCGUCGGGCUGCCGUAGAGAGAGAGAGCGCCGCUGCGUCUCCCUGCGAGUUCCGGAGCCGACGCCCAGGGGUGGAGCCAGCCCCACCGCCCCCACGGUGUGACCCCCAAUCAGCUAAAACUAAGACGCAGACAUGGGGAAGCAGAACAGCAAGCUCCGCCCAGAGAUGGUGCAGGACCUGGUGGACAGCACGGACUUCACCGAGCACGAGAUCCAGGAGUGGUACAAGGGCUUCCUGCGGGACUGCCCCAGCGGGGCCCUCUCCCUGGAGGAGUUCAAGAAGAUCUACGGCAACUUCUUCCCGUACGGCGACGCCUCCAAGUUCGCCGAGCACGUCUUCCGCACCUUCGACGCCAACGGCGACGGGACGAUAGACUUCCGGGAGUUCAUCGUCGCGCUGAGCGUCACCUCGCGCGGCCGGCUCGACCAGAAGCUCAAGUGGGCCUUCAGCAUGUACGACCUGGACGGCAACGGCUACAUCAGCAAGUCCGAGAUGCUGGAGAUCGUGCAGGCUAUCUAUAAGAUGGUGUCCUCGGUGAUGAAGAUGCCGGAGGACGAGUCCACGCCCGAAAAGAGAACUGACAAGAUCUUCCGCCAGAUGGACACCAACCGUGACGGGAAGUUGUCCCUGGAGGAGUUUGUGGAGGGAGCGAAGAACGACCCGUCCAUCGUGCGCCUGCUCCAGUGCGACCCGAGCAGCGCCGGCCAGUUCUAACCCCCCGGCUUCCGGACGCGUCUGAGAUCGCCGCGCUUUUAUUUAUUUAUAAAUCUUUCAUUUCUUUUAUUCUUGCUUAUUGAUUCUUAAUCUGACCCCCAUAGUGAGCUAGCGCAGGGUCUCAUGGGGCCUGCGUGCACACAAGGUACUGGAGUAGCAGAGCUGGCUGCUGAGUGAGGGGCACACACACGCACGCACACACACACACACUCUCACAC